AUGGAUCCUUCCGAAACCUCGGAUCAACACGCCGAGCUUUGUGGCCUUCUCAUCCUGCCGCUAGAACUUCGGGAACAGAUAUACGGUCAUCUCAUUCAUCAAGGCGGUUUUCACUCCAAGUUCCACGUCGAAAUCACAACAUCAAGCGGUUCUUUACGUUGCAACAGAGAACCAAAUGUCCUGCUAGACCUCGCUUUUCUAAGAGUCAACAAACAGAUUUAUGCGGAGGCCAUUGCGACUUUUUAUGCAACAUGCAUUUUCAAGCCUGUUGCCGACGAACAAACAAUACAGCAAUUUUUCGGCCGUCUUUCGGAGUAUGCGAGAGCACAUGUCCUCUAUCUAGAAUUGACUCCUCGACGUAGUGCCGGGAGACGGAUUCUCGGUCCUCAACCGAAUAUAUCCCAAAUACAUUUGGCCCCAGCUUGGGGCCCGGCAUGUAGUGCUAUCGCCAACCUGUUACCGGGUCUUAUUGAGGUUAGCAUUCGACUUAGACCUGUCAACACUUUUGAGCUUCGAACGGGCUGCGGUAUGGAAUGGAUCUGUGUACCACUCUCUAGUCUACAGUGUGCACGAAAGACACUACAUCAGAAGACAGGCGAUGUAGAAUCCUCGGAUGUUUUGAUAAAUAGAUGGGAUGCUUUAAUGGAGAAGGCAGUUCGUGAAACGAAGGAGUACACAGCCGGCAUGGAGCAAGCGCGAAGGCAUCAGGGCGGAUGGACGAAUGUAUACUGGAGAAAGAAAAGAAUAAUGGCAAAACUGGAUAUAUAA